AUGCCUGAAAAACCAUACCCUAGCCAGAGUACAUCAUACUUUGCCCUUCCAUUGCCCUUGUGGCAACAGCCCGUGAGCUAUCGAACCGCCAAAUACGAGCGACUAAAACAACGAGGGAGGUAUCGGGGGAUACACGAUGGCGAAACUGGCAAGGAGCACGAUAGCGGACACGAAAGUGAAGAUGCCAUAACGGGCGAAGAGGUGCAGAAUAGUACAGGAGAGGGAACUCGCAACUCAAGACCUCGAUCUCCGUUGAUCUUUUCACCCGCCGAAGCACACCAGUAUAGAAUCGCUGGGCUACCCAAUUAUUGUGAACUGCCUGGUAGAGGAUUCCCACAUAAGGCUCCCUUUGAAGGAGAAGCUGCUUUCUUCGAUAGUGAUGAUGAGUCCGAUGGUGAUGAAAACAACAGUACCACUACGGGCACGGCAAACAAACCUCGAAAAAAGAAGGGCAAAAUCAUAAACAACAGACAGCGAAUAGAGAAGGAUUUAUCUCAGUUAAAUCCCCCGCUUUAUCUAGCCGGCGGUAAUCCUACGAAGAAAAAUACCCUGCGUCUUCAUCAUUUAAACGUGCUCACAGCGAUCUUACACCGGUGCCUGAUGGAAGGGGACUAUAUUCGCGCAGGUAGAGCCUGGGGUUUAAUAUUGCGAGAUAACUUUGGCGGACACCCAGCUGAUGUACGAAGCGCUGGGAGAUGGGCUGUUGGCGCAGAGAUAUUACUAUGGAAAGACCGGAGCCAGGGCGAGUCAGAAGACGCAGUCGAUCAGAGCGGGAAGGUAGGUGGGAGCAGGAAGUGGUUCACUAGAACUGGCUUCGAGCGAGCCAAAGAGUACUAUGAAAGAAUGAUUAUCCAGUAUCAAUAUCGGAAAGUGGCGCCGGAUGCACUAGGUCCACUUCAUUUCUAUCCGGCCAUGUUUGGAUUGUGGAUUUCUGUUUCCCAGGAAGAGAGCCAGCAUGCAAGAGGAAAAACAGAGCUGGCCGGUAGCUCUGAUGGAUUUGACGCUGGUGAAGAUGAUUAUUAUGAUCGCAUGUCUGUCACGAGCGGUGAUAUAGGGGAGCGGAAGCUAACUCUAGAUCAGAGAACGAAAAUUCAUACUGCUGCUCGGAUGAAAGAGCUUGAAGAAGCCCGGCAGAUUGCAACACAAAUGGAUGAAUUACUAGUCUCACCACCGUUUUCGGAUAGCCAUGAAUUACUGAGGUUGCGGGGGAUGGUGUCCUUAUGGAUAGGGGAUCUCUACCUGUCCUCGGUUUUAUCUGGUAAUGAUGUGGAUGAACUCACCGAUGAUAGCUAUGGAAAUGACGAUGGCACCGCUCGCCUUGAAGCUACUAUACUAAGGAUGGAAAUCAGCUCUGCCAGGGAGAAAAGGGCUACUGAAAUUGAGAAAGCAAAGUCAUUUUUUGCAAAGGCGAGGGCCAGGCAGGAUCGGACUCGGAGUACUGGCGGUUGA